AUGCAAAGUCUAGACCGCGCCUCCAGUCUCUGCCUUCCAUUCAAAAAGCAGCGUCAUUUGAACAGACCGGCCAGCAAGAGCGCCGGACAUUCAGCUCAGCGUAUCACUAUAUAUGGCCUAUCUGGCACAGGAAACACGCCCCCAGUAUUCUACCUAAUCCAUACCGCCGCCGAGAGCUGCAUAAUGACAGACUAUGCGAAAGCAUCACAGUGGCCCAUUCCGGGGCUAUUGCCUCUGUUCACUGCCGCCAUCGAUGCUGUAGGCACAUGUCCAUCUGCAAGAGAAGAAGUCCUAGCCAACAUCUGCAUCGACGAAAAGGCUUUUGAGAGAGAGCCUUCCUUUGCGUCUGGUGGUUCGUUCCAAGUCAUGCGAAGCCGACCAAACACACUCAUAAAAUAUGUCGAUUCUCGGUUCAAAAUGACCACCAUCCAUAGACUGGCCAUGCUCCAUCUCAACGACGUUGUCCUCCGAGUCCCAAAGAGAACGGUGGAUUGGAACUCCAAGGAUGGCCGGGACCUCUCAGAGUCUAUAUGCACUGAAAUCGCGAUUCUCAGAAACGAGCAUCUCCGGAGGCAUGAGAACAUCACGAACAUGGUUGGUAUCUGCUGGGGGGUAGAUAACGACCGCGCUAUAAUGCCUGUUCUUGUGUUGGAGACGGCCCAAGGAGGUGAUUUAUGCAAAUAUCUUGCUUCAGCGGCGCUUGAUGCAAGAGAUAGGCUACGUCUGGCAAUCCAUUGCUUUCAAGGCUUGCUAGCUCUUCAGACCGUCGGCGUCAUCCACGCAGACUUGAAACCAGAAAAUAUCCUGGUUUUCAUCGACGAAAAGGGCAGGCCAUGUGCAAAACUCACCGACUUUGGCUGCUCCCUUCUGGUUACCAACAUACAUGAACCAAUCCAGCUCAAAUCAGGAACUGCCUUAUGGCAAAGUCCCACAGUUUUGCAGGCCAUCGGCGCUCAAGGCUUACUUCAAGCUGAUAUCUAUUCUUUGACGCUCGUGGCAUCGCUUUUAUUGGUUGGCCCUUUCAUGAGCACGGUGUUUGAUCAAGCAGAUGGGUCAGGUGAUGGUGUUGAGUCGCUACACAAGCUCAAAGCAGACGACGGCGCCCUCGCAACCUUUAUCAGAAUGCAGAAGGACACUAAUGAGUCGUCUGGUCCACAUGUCUUCACGGACAGAGUUUCGGGUCUCAUCUCCGAGUUCUUCGAUUCAAUGCUCUCCAAUGAAGAUGAGCUUCAAGCUGGAGCUGCACUACCAGUCGAGUUACUGAGGACUAUGCUCCACCAGGAGAUUGUAACAGCCAUUAAAGAGGAUCCGCAAAUGUUUGAGACUUUUGAUCUGCUUGAAGAGGAGGUUUAUUUCAGCCACUGUGUAGACAUACCUUUGGCCCAAGCUGAGGACGUAGCAUGCAAUUCCACUGUGGCUACAGACAGGCAACAGGAGCUCGAUCCCGAACCAGUCAUACCAGGACUUCAUCAGUCUUAUCCAGAACCAUCACAACUAUACACAAAAGAGAUAAAGCUGGGGGUGGAGGAAGAGGGACAUAUAACCCUGGUCCCUCUAGCAGAAAGGACAAUUUCGAUCAACGCAUACUUUAGCAGACUCAGACGACUUCCCGGCCGAGUCACCACCGCAAUAAUCACUCAGAUACGAGAAAUCGCCGAUUCAGACUCAUACUGCGAAACCUCACGGUCCCUCGCGGCGUAUGCAAUGGCAACGUGGCUCAUUGGUAUUCACCGGUCUGCUGCCACUUCAGCGCCAUCACUUCGCGAAGCCGGACAAUAUCUUCUGACUGCUGCCAAGCUGGGACAUGAAGACGCUCGCGCUUCGCUAGGACAGGCACUGGCUUGGAUAGGGAUGCCGAAUCCUAUAGAUCCAAAGGUUGAAGAGGGUUGGCUAUACGAUUUGGCUCUGCAUGGAGAUCGGCGUUCUCUGAAGCGAUUGAGCUCAGAAAGACGUGGUGAGGUAUUUCGAGACCAGCUGGUAGCGCUGAGUGCGCGUAUCAGAGAGGAAGCAGAUAUCUCUGCGACUUCGGAUCGGGCUUUGUCGGAAAGCAACCAGCUCGAAGACAGCGACAAAUUGAGAGGCCAGCUCCCGCUCAUCUGCAGAUAUUUGGUCAAUCAGAGCUGGAAUGUCAGCUUGCAAAACGUUCUUGAGCUACCAGGUCUCAACCCCGACUUGUGCACUUCUCUUCUGAUGCAAGCUUGCCAGAAGGGUGACUACAGAAUCGCCAAAGUUCUCAUUGAGCACGAUGCACCACUAAGAGACGAAACCUCCGGACUAACACCACUCCAUUUCCUUGCUCAUUUUGGAGAUGGGGAUAUCCUUCCUUUAGCGCGGCUCCUCACAGAUAAAGGUGCCGAUCUAGAGGCCCGCUGCAGCCUUGCUACUCUAUGCACCGUUGGCCAACUCGAUUUGAAAGACACCCUUACUGAUGCGACGCCCCUUUUAUGUGCAGUAGCGCAGUCGAGCAUAACAGCAGUUUCGGUGCUUGUUUCUCUGGGCGCGGAUCCUUUUAACGGAGCAGAGAAGUAUGAGCCGUACACAGGAACUAUGCCAGCCCAGAAACGUGGGAGGACAUACUCGCCAGUCCACUAUGCAGCAAGACUACACAUGUCGGACGUCCUAGAGGUUCUGUUACCCGAGGGAAAGGAAUAUGAGCAGUUAUUGGAUUGGAUGUGUUAUGAAACGCACUCCCUCAAGGUCACUCCGCUCUGGUGCGCUGUCGACUACUGGUACCAGGGCCUGUACGAUCGGGUAUUACUUCAUGGGAAAGAUCACAUCAAGAGAUGCGAGGAGACAAUCACCUUCCUUCUGAAGCGUGGAGCUCAGGGCCACGUGGUGAAUUGGGAUGUCACCACGCAGGUCAAGCACUCUAUCUUCACGGCAGCGACCUUGUACGGCCAACCGUUUGUGCUGAACCAUCUGAGAUCUUUGGACAUCCAGCCUCUCACAAAGAAUCUCAUCAGAACACUUCAGACUGCCCUCGAUGUCGAGGAUCUAACGGCAGUUGAGUACCUUCUUCCACUUGCUGAGAGAGAAACACGGGACUCUGAGUCAGCCUUUCAGCUUCAAGCAUCGAUUCAGGGGCACAAACUUGCAGACUUCAUCAGUCAUUUGUACGAUAUCAAGGAGCGCCUCGAAUCAAACGCUAGGUCAAAGAUUAAACUUGAUCUAAUCAGGGAUCCACCGCUCCAAGAAACGAUUGGCCCGGAUGUCGGUGAGGAUAUCUUGCAGCAGAAGGCUUCGCAAGGAGGCUUCAAAAUGUCGUUUACGAUACGGCCAGGGCCUGGGGGGCGCAGCAUUAUGGAACCUGUGGGGGAGCCAAGCAUGAUGCCGCCCCAAGGCACGCCUUUACCCAGCGAAGCACAAGAUAGCGACAUUUCUGCCUUUGAGAAGGCCGUCAUGGGCGGCUACGAGGCACGCGCGCGCGAACUGUAUGAGAGCGAGCAAUGUGACGUCUCAUGCCGUCGUGUAGAUGAAGACAGCGAUGAAACUACCCUUCUGGCACGUCUUAUCCGAAAGAGCCGCAAGUACAGCAACUUCGAUAAGCAGAUUCUAUUUCUUCUCGAUCUUACUCCUCCCAGCGACGAAGAGUUCUUUCGUGCGUGUAUACCGUCCGGGUCAACUGACAAUGAAGGGUUAUCUAUUCUUCACAUGUCUGUCAUGCUCGACGAAUGUCCAACAAACUUCAAGCCCCGCGCCCCACGCCAACUCAUCUCUGCCAUCAUUGAGAAGUACCCGGAGUCGGAAUAUCUCAAUGCAGUGAACUCAGAAUUUGGCACUGCUGUACAUGUAGCAGUUGAGUGCGGUAACCUGGAUGCACUGAAGGAACUCGAGGACGAAGACGUGGAGUGGAAUCUUCUUAACUCCUAUGGCGAAACACCUCUCGACAUAACAGCCCGACGGCUACUAAAGGUCCAUGAGUUUCUACAGCAAUGCCGUCAUCUCCAAAGACUAGAAAAGCCGGAUGAGUAUAAGGAAGCUAUUAGUACUUAUCGGACGAAUGAGCAGCGCAUGAAGAGCUUUCUACAAGGGAUGGGGGGCAAGUACGAAAGAUACAAUGGGUUGAUGCACAGGAAGAGUGAAACGGAGUGGGAUCUAGAGAACUUCGCUGUCUCGGGGAGCAUGCAGGUUAACGUUGCGGAACACUUGGCGAUACUUGAAAGCCGUUCGACUGGUAAGGAUGAACCAAGUUUAGCGGCUCAUAUGCGCAAAUUGAGAGCUUGGAGUGAGUUGGGGGUGGAUGAGUGUAUGCUUCACCUUGCCGACGGUACAUCGGUGACUUGA